AUGUCUUCAUCCAACACCUCUACCAACGCUGAAAAGAUCAAAAUCACGUACGAAAAUAGCUACAUGGGAGAUAUCAAACUAGCUCACAUGUACGUGGAUAAUGUUUCGGGAAAGUACAUCUACCUUAAAUUUGUGUUUUCUUUGGCGAAUAUGUUCCAUACGACCGUUGAAGGAGCCCAAGACGCCAAAACGAAGGAAUACCCUCUAUUCUUGUAUCCCGGAGAUACAAAGGUAUACCUUACAAGCUUUCCAAUCAUUGAUCGAUAUAAGAGUUGGAAGUAUAAUUUCAUGUACAAUUAUUCGUUUGCAGACAAACCAACCGAGUCGAGAGAGAUCUAUGAUGGAGUUUUCUUUGAGUGUUUCCAUAUGGGUUUCGGAAGUUUAAUUGUUGCUCUCAAGAACAAUAAUGUCAUUUUGAACAAUAGGGGUGAUCGCCAUGUUCAAGUCAAAAUUAAUUAUACCACUCUGACAAAUUUGAAGCCUAAUAGGAUCUAUGACGACUAUGUUGAUUUGUAUGACUUGAAAAUCCUGAACGAACUUCAAAUUUUGGACAAACAAGAGAAGACUACCUACAAAUACAAGUAUUUCGUAAAGAAGGCAGAAAAGCCUCUGACUGACGAAGAGGCAGGGUCCACUCUAUUGUCCUACUACUUUACCAAUGUAUCUAAGGCUCAAGCUUUGGUAGUCGAGAGGAGAGAGCUCAUACCUGGUGUAUUUGGUGUUCUCGAAAUGACCAAAGAAGGUUUUGCCGUCUUGAGUCUUGAGAAUAACACGUCGAGUGCCGUGAUUGUGCACGAUUUGAAGGUAAAGGGAGGUGAAAUGACAUUCAUUCAGGAGACCAUGAAAGAUUCAUCGAAUCCUCAACUGGUAGUAUUUCCAAACGAAACGAAAAAACAACUGGUUCGAAUUAAGCCUCCAAAAGGAUUAUUCCAAAUAGCAUAUGACUGCAAGGUUGCAGAGGGAAAAGUUGUUGAAGAGAAUGAAGUUAAAGCUUCACUCUUUGUAUAUGGAUACUAUUUCAAAGUAUUUAAUUGUGUGGUAUUGGCAGUCAAGAAUAAUUGUGACAAGGCUCACAAUUGCUAUCUUUUCAUGAAACAGCUCGAGAACUGCAAAGUGGUGACAGAAUAUAGCGAUCAACAUCGAAUGAUCGUAUUACCCUUUCACACCAAAUUGUAUUCUUCCUUGUAUUUGAUGGACACAACAAAGCCCUUUGUAUAUUCCUACGCAUAUCAAAUAAGCAGAGUCUUUGAAAAAGGUGACACAACUUCCUCUGUGACAGACUUGAAAUCUUUGCAGAACUCCUCGAAAGCCAACAGCUCUACCUCUAUACAAUCAGUACAAGCUCAGACUCAGGCGAACGAUUUACAUGCGUCAAUAGUGGACAAGGAUUUGAAAAUUGCCUUGGAAAGCAUUGAAAAUUUGGCCACACAAAGUGAAGUUGUGAAAAAUCAAAUUGCUUCAAAUGCAAAGUUCGUAGACAAAGAUUUUCCUCCUCAAAUUGAGCCUACCAUUUAUGACUCAUCAUUUGCUGGAAAAAGAAUUGAAAAUAUCAAGUGGGCUCGCGCUUCUGAAAUUUUAGGAAAAUCACUGGAAGUAUUUUGCGACGGCAUUGAACCUGACGACAUUAAGCAAGGCUCGUUAGGCGACUGUUGGUUGUUAUCAGCAAUUUCGAGCAUUUCUUCCAAACCAUUGCUCAUUGAGCGUCUCUUCACUACUCGAGUACCAAACGAAGCUGGUAUCUACGAGGUUAAUAUUUGUGUUGGGGGAGAAUGGACCAGAGUUAUUGUCGACGAUUUUUUCCCUGUGAAUGAAUGGAACAAUCCUGUGUUUGCGCACAACAAUGCUGCAGAGCUCUGGGUCAUGCUUCUAGAGAAGGCGUAUGCAAAAGUUUGUGGCUCUUACUCAAAACUCAUUUCAGGUUUUGCAGAUGAGGCAUUUGAAGACUUGACAGGAUGCCCUACCUUCAGCCUUCGUCUCAAUUCAAAAGAUCCUUCGUUUAAUGCUCAAAAUAUUUGGGAUGAGCUGUGUGAAUGCAUUCGAAAGUCUUAUUUCUUCUGUUGUGCCACUCCAAAUUCCCCAAAUUGUGAAAAAGUAGGCCUCAUAUCCUCUCACUUUUAUACUCUCUUGGACUGUAAAGAAGCCUUAAAUGGUGUGAAAUUGGUCAAGCUUCGAAAUCCUUGGGGAGGUACAGAAUGGAAGGGUGAUUGGUGUGAUGACGACACACGAUGGACCAAGGAAGCCAAGAUCGCUUUUCAACAUAUGGCAUUUAUGGACGAUGGAGUGUUCUAUAUGCCAUUCCAGGAUUUUCUAAACUAUUUCGUUAGCGUGGUGGUUUGCAAGUACGAUCCCAAGUUUUCUCGUAAUCAAGUGAAAGUUGUUUGCAAUACGACCAAUCAGAUAGGAACAUUUGACGACAAGACUACGUAUCCCAUUAUUGAAGUUAAAUUCGAUGACGACCAAGAUGAAGCCUUCUUUGGCAUCCACCAGAAGGAUCAACGUUAUAAGGAUGGACCAAAACUUGCUGCAGGACUUGGAUUCAUCAUGUUAGACUCAACAGGUUCUGUCGUUGGAGGAUGUCCAAUGAGUAGCAAUAGAUCUUCAUACACAAAGAAUUUGACACUAAAAGCAGGUACAUACUUCAUUGUUCCAAUUUGUCAUGCCAGAGAGAAUAUUAAAUCCUACACGAUCAGCAGCCACACUACAGGAAAAAGGACAAGUUUAAAAUUGAGUGAAUUAUCUUGCAUGACAAAUGGUGAUCAUUUGUUGAGCUUGCUGGACGUGUAUGCGUUGGGAGUGAAGGCGUUAGGUACCUCCAAAGAUACACUCCUGAAAGAAGCCAAGGCGAAUCUGACGAGCCACAAUUGGGGAACAUCGAUGGUUUUCUCAACCAAUCACAAAAAGUCAGUGACGGUGGAAAUGUCAGUCACACAGAACAAUAUGGUGAAUGCAGUCUAUUCUGAAAAAUUCGACCUUAAUAGCGUGAAAUCAAGCAAACUCGCAUGGAUUGGCUAUUGUGAUUCUCCUCGAGAUGGAUUUUCAUAUUCCUAUAGUUUUGCAUUUUCAUACAUGUAUUGA